UCUCCCUUUCCUACUUCUUUUACAACCAUCAACCACCCAUCCACUCCCAUCAUCCAUCUCCUUUCCUCCCUAUUCACCUCCCUCUCCUUUCUACUGCGUACGGUUGGAGCUUCGUUUGUUUCUUUAAUAGUCUUUUAAUUCCAACACAAUGCUCUCUUCCCACAUCUCCCGCGCGCUCCCGCGCACUGCUUCUUUCGCUCGUCCUUCUACCCUCAGAGUUCCCGGUGCUGCUUUCCGGAGAUGGAACUCGACGGAGGGAGAGAAGGUGAAGGGCCACGUCAUUGGUAUUGAUCUGGGAACCACCAACUCUGCCGUCGCUGUUAUGGAGGGAAAGAGCCCGAAGAUCAUUGAGAACGCUGAAGGUGCACGAACAACUCCCUCUGUUGUCGCCUUCGCUCAGGAUGGUGAGAGACUGGUUGGUAUUGCCGCCAAGCGCCAGGCCGUCGUCAACCCUGAAAACACUCUCUUCGCUACGAAGCGUCUGAUCGGACGCAAGUUCACCGACCCUGAGGUUCAGCGUGAUCUGAAGGAGGUCCCUUACAAGAUUGUUCAGCACACCAACGGUGACGCCUGGGUUGAGGCUCGCGGCCAGAAGUACUCUCCCUCCCAGAUUGGAGGUUUCAUUCUGCAGAAGAUGAAGGAGACUGCUGAGAACUACCUGAGCAAGCCUGUCAAGAACGGUGUUGUCACUGUUCCUGCUUACUUCAACGACUCCCAGCGUCAGGCCACCAAGGAUGCCGGUCAGAUUGCCGGUCUGAACGUCCUGCGUGUCGUUAACGAGCCCACUGCUGCUGCUCUGGCCUAUGGUCUGGAGAAGGAGAAUGACCGUGUGAUUGCUGUCUACGAUCUUGGUGGUGGUACCUUCGAUAUCUCCGUCCUUGAGAUCCAGAAGGGUGUCUUCGAGGUCAAGUCCACCAACGGUGACACUCACCUGGGUGGUGAGGACUUCGAUAUCACUCUUGUCCGUCACCUCGUUCAGCAGUUCAAGAAGGAGUCUGGCAUCGAUCUGUCUGGCGACCGCAUGGCCAUCCAGCGUAUCCGUGAGGCCGCUGAGAAGGCCAAGAUUGAGCUUUCUUCCUCUCUCCAGACUGAGAUCAACCUUCCUUUCAUCACUGCCGAUGCUUCCGGCGCUAAGCACAUCAACUCUAAGAUGACCCGUGCUCAGCUCGAGGCUCUGGUUGAGCCUCUGAUCAGCCGUACCGUCGAGCCCGUCCGCAAGGCUCUGAAGGACGCUAACCUUCAGGCCAAGGACAUCCAGGAUGUUAUCUUGGUUGGUGGUAUGACCCGUAUGCCCAAGGUCAGCGAGUCUGUUAAGAGCAUCUUUGGCCGUGACCCUGCCAAGUCUGUUAACCCCGACGAGGCUGUUGCUAUUGGUGCCGCCAUCCAGGGUGCUGUCCUUGCUGGUGAGGUCACUGAUGUUCUGCUGCUGGAUGUCACCCCCCUGUCUCUCGGUAUCGAGACCCUGGGUGGUGUCUUCACUCGCCUGAUCAACCGCAACACCACCAUCCCCACUAAGAAGUCCCAGACCUUCUCUACUGCGGCCGACUUCCAGACUGCUGUCGAGAUCAAGGUCUACCAGGGUGAGCGUGAGCUUGUCCGCGACAACAAGCUGCUUGGAAACUUCCAGCUUGUUGGUAUCCCUCCGGCCCACCGUGGUGUUCCCCAGAUUGAGGUCACCUUCGACAUUGACGCCGACUCUAUCGUCCACGUCCACGCUAAGGACAAGUCCACCAACAAGGACCAGUCCAUCACCAUCGCCUCCGGCUCCGGUCUCUCAGAUGCCGAGAUCCAGUCUAUGGUUGAGGAUGCUGAGAAGUACGGUGCUGAGGACAAGGAGCGCAAGGCUGCCAUUGAGGCUGCCAACCGCGCAGACAGCGUCCUGAACGACACCGAGAAGGCCCUCAAGGAGUUCGAGGACCGUCUGGACAAGGCCGAGGCCGACCAGAUCCGCGAGCGCAUUGCCUCUCUCCGUGAAUUCGUUGCCAAGAGCCAGUCUGGCGAGGGCACCGCUACCGCUGAGGAGCUCAAGCAGAAGACUGAUGAGCUCCAGAACGCCAGUCUGAGCCUCUUUGACAAGAUGCACAAGGCUCGUGCUGAGGAAGGCCAGCAGCAGUCUCAGCCCGGCGAGUCCGCUGAGGGUGAGAAGAAGGCCUAAGCGGGUCACUUCUCGAGUUGAUCUGGAUCAUAUUUAAAAAGAAAAAAGCCGUGCAUUCGGAUUUCUUUUUUUGUAUUUUUCGUUUUAUGUCUUCUUAAAGAUUUUCCUUUUCUUUUUUUUUUCCCCUUGUCUUAUGGCAUGCACGAUCUGUACACAUACUGAUUCCUCCUCUGGACGCUCUUGUCUUUGGUGUGUCGGUGUUUCAGCCUUCUGAACUUUGUCUUCUCUAUCUGGGUGGUAGGGUAGCCCGCGGGGUCGCAGGGUGAGCGCUUCUUCAUUUUAUGAGGGCAGUCCGGGACACCAGAAACGGUGCAGGGAACUGUCUACAAUUGUAACUAAUGACAACAGCCAGGAACCACGUCAAGUGGGUUGGCUACGGUGUAUGUGAUAAUAGAAAUACUGAAAUUCUCCUCUCGACUGG